ACAAAAUUUCACUGUAUUUUUUUCUUCUUUUCUUACAGGUUAACAGACUAUGGAAGCUAAUACCUCACAAAUCAAUAAUAGUAUAAAACAAUUUAGGGUAAUAAUUACACAGAUAAUACUUUAUAUUUCUCUUUAUAUCAAUUUUAUCAUGCUUUUCACCUUUUUCAGAAAAGAUUCUUUUCGGGAGGACACCCGCUAUAUUUUAUUUGCCCAUAUGCUUUUUGUGGACACAUUUCAGCUUGUUUUUAUGGACAUGUCACAACUUUUCUACUAUUUCUCUAUUCUCAUGCCUGCGGGGGCCUGCAUUGUUAUGUCUGUGCUGCUGGGGACACUGUCAUACAAUACACCUUUAACUCUCACCGCAAUGUGUCUGGAGCGAUAUGUGGCCAUAUGCAUGCCACUGAGACAUGGACAGAUUUCUACAGUGAAAAGAACUCUAGAUGUUAUCCUCAUCAUUUGGCUAAUUGGUUCAAUUCCUAGCAUCAGAGAUUUUAUUAUUGUCAUUGCAAUGGAGCCCAAAACAUUUUAUGUUGAAAAAAACUUCUGCAGCUAUGACUUGAUGAUAAGAAGCAUCUGGCAAUCAUAUGUGCGGUCAGUAAUGGCAAUGUUGUAUUUUGGGGUCAUGUUAGGCACAGUGGCUUUCACAUAUGUCAAAAUAAUGGAGGUGGCAAGAACUGUAUCAGCCGACAGUUCGGCCUCCAAAGCUCGACACACAGUCCUCUUACACACCUUUCAGCUUGUGCUUUGUUUAGCUGUUUUAGUUUCCCCUUUUGUGGAAAUGGCAAUCUUCCAAAUAAACCAGAACAUUAUCUCACAUGUAAUAUAUUUCAAUUUUAUCACAUUUAACAUUUUGCCUCGUUGUUUAAGUUCUUUCAUUUAUGGUGUGAGAGAUGAUAAAUUUAGAGAAGUCUUUCUGUUUUAUAUUACUUUUGGGCUGGUGAAAAAGGCAUUGAAAAAAUCACUAAAAGCAGCUACAGAUCAUUUUUAGGGUACUAUCAUAAUUUUGUAAUAUGAUAUAUGUGAAGGAAUUAAAUCAUAAUGUGAUAGACAUUUAUAACAUUUUAA